ACGUCGUCGUCGUCUCCUCCUUAGUCGCUCAGAUUUGAUUUGAGGAUUGGGAGAUACGAUGACGACGAGUCUGUCCUCUUUUGUUUGAAUUAUUGAUCUCUCUCUCUCGAUUCCGAUCGCGAAAAAUAUAAUUUGAUUGAUUAUUCAAACGAGGUGAAGAUAUUAAUUAUGAUGAAGAUGCAAAUCGGUAUGCUCGCGCUUCUGGUGACUCUCUCUGCGAUUGAAUUCGGAUUGGCUUCUUCUCCCAACACCGUCCCUGCUUUCCUCUGGUCUCCGCAUCUCCAGGAUGGGAAUGAGGGUGUGAAUUAUCAGGUCAUGUCUGGAAAGGAUCUGGUUGACUCUGUUUUCACUCAAGGAGGAUGGUCCAACAUUCUUUGCUCUGAGAAGAAAACUGAGCAGCCUGUUGUUGAUGUUGCACUUGUCUUCAUCGGCAGAGAGCUACUGUCUUCUGAUGUUUCUUCCAAAAGUAGUUCCCUUGUCAACACAUUGAGUGGUCUCUUUACAUCUUCCAACUUCUCAUUGGCAUUCCCAUACAUUGCUGCGCCAGAGGAAGAAAGGAUGGAGAGUUUGUUGCUUUCAGGGCUUAAGCAAGCUUGCCCUCACAAUGUAGGAGCCGGCAAUAUUGUCUUCUCUGAAUCUUGCUUUGUUGAGGAUGGAACGAUUCAGAAACUAUCAGACCUUCAGUCUUUCAAAGAUCAUUUGCUUGCUAGAAAAGAAACAAGGAAAGAGGGAGAAACUGAUUUGGUUGUGCUCUGUUCCGAGGGUUCUGAAUCAAAGGGUCAAUCACACUCAGAGCGUGAAAGCAUCUCCGAGCUUGUUAGUUCCGUAGAACAAUCUGGCAGUAAAUAUACAGCUCUUUAUGUCUCUGAUCCUUAUUGGUACACAUCUUACAAAACUCUCCAAAGGUUUCUAGCUGAAAGUGGUACAGGAAACAGCACCGUUGGUGUUGCUACAACCUGUGACGAACUCUGCAAAUUUAAGUCAUCACUUUUGGAGGGCAUACUAGUGGGAAUCGUUUUCCUUCUCAUCUUGAUCAGUGGACUUUGUUGUAUGGCGGGUAUCGAUACACCAACCAGAUUCGAGACUCCUCAAGAUUCUUGAGCUUGUUGUUGACCCCUUAAAAGAGUCAUCCCCACCUUUUGCUUUGCUUUGCCUUUUUGAUUGUGACGGGUCUUUUCUUCUGCAUAGUGCGUAUGGUGAAAAAGGUACUUAUUACACUACUUUUAAAAACAAAAAUUUGCAUAUGCGAUCCCCUUGUAACAUUUUAUUCAUCUUGUUUGUGUCUUUCUUAAACGUUAAUAAGUCAAUAAUGGAGAACGAGUGAAAACCAGAGACACUGGAACUACUACGUACAUUCUUUUAUAUAUAAAUGUAUGAUUUUAUAGUUUAUAAA